AAUCAACCCAGGAGGACACCUUUGAGAGCGCUUCUUAGCGUGUACGACAAGACUGGACUCACAGAUUUUGCCCGCGCCCUGCACGACAGCGGAUACGCGCUCGUCAGCACCGGCGGCACGCAGGCGGCCAUCGCCAAUGCCGGCAUUCCUGUGCAGCACGUCGAGGACUUGACCGGCUUCCCGGAGAUUCUGGACGGUCGUGUGAAGUCGCUGCACCCUGCUAUCUACGGCGGCAUACUCGCGCGGCGCGACAUCGCCGAGCACAACGCACAACUUGCAGAGCAUGGCAUCGGCACAAUUGAUGUGGUCGCAUCCAACCUAUACCCGUUUGUUGACACAGUUAGCCGCCCGGACGCCACUCUCAUUGAUGCACUGGAGAACAUCGACAUUGGUGGCCCCACGAUGAUUCGCGGCGCGGCCAAGAACUUCCCGCAUGUCAUCGUAGUCGUUGACCCCGCCGACUACGGCUGGAUAGCCGAGCGUCUUGCGGCUGGCGAAGACCUGACUCAAGAUGAGCGCCGCUCUCUCGCACGCAAGGCGUUUCAGCAUGUCGCGCUCUACGACACGACCAUAUCGCAGUACCUCGGCGAAGACGCGCUGGAACUCGACGAGACCACUUUCGGAUUCAGUCGUCUAUCCACCCUGCGCUAUGGCGAGAACCCGCACCAGCAGGCAGGCUUAUACGCCGCGCCCCUAUCGAGCGGCGGCAUCGUGCGAGCCAAGCAGCUUCACGGCAUAGACAUGUCUUACACCAACUACCUCGACGCAGACGCCGCAUGGCGCGUGGUCGCCGACUUCGAUCAGCCCGCCGCAACCGUCAUCAAGCACACGAACCCCUGCGGUCUCGCCGUUCACGAUGACCAGCCGACCGCCUACCGCCACGCCUUUGAGGGCGAUUCAGUCUCGGCUUACGGCGGCAUCGUUGCCUUCAACAGUCACGCUCACCGCUGCGACCGCGCAGGCAAUGCGCGGCGUCCUGUUCGACAUAUCAUCGCCCCGGCUUACGAAGAGGCGGCGCUUGAUGUACUGCGCCGACGCCGACGCACACGCCUGCUCGAAGUGCAGCCCGCAUCCGGUCCGCAGGAAGGGCUGGACGUGCGCCUCGUAUCCGGUGGCGCGCUCGUGCAGCAGACCGACGACAUCGCCGAAUCCCCCGCAGACUGGAAAGUCGUCACCGAGCGCGAACCAACCGAUGCAGAACUUGCCGACCUCACCUUCGCGUGGAAGGCGGCAAAGCAUAUCAAGUCCAACACAAUCGUCCUUGCGAAGGACAACACCUUGGUCGGCAUGGGCGCGGGGCAGCCCAACCGCGUGGUCAGCGUUCACCUUGCCCUGCGCAUCGCAGAGGACAAGGCAAAGGGCAGCGUUCUCGCAUCCGACGCCUUCUUCCCAUUCGCCGACAACAUUGAGAUGGCUGCUGCGGGUGGUAUCACCGCCAUAGCCGAGCCAGGUGGCUCCAUCCGUGACGAUGAGGUGAUCGCCGCCGCCAACGAACAUAACAUUGCCAUGCUCUUCACCGGAACGCGGCACUUCCGACAUUAA